AUGUGGGUCUUUGGGAAGAUUAGAGACAGUGUGGAGAAUAUUCCUCUUGAACUAAAUCGUUACAUGGGAAAGAACGAAGCAGUUAUCUCUCCACCCUCUACGACCAGCAUCUCUCAUAAUCUGCACAGCAACAUCAUUACUCCAGAUAACAUCCCAGAGUUCUGCCUGCCGCCACAGCUUUGUAAGAGAAGUCCACUCCCAGAGGCUGAAAAGACCCCAGCGAGUCUGCACUUUCAGAAUCCAAUACAAAACAAAGGCCCUUCUUCAAACAUUGCACAAACGAAGAUAAGGGAUGUGAAGAAGAAGAAGAAAAAGCAGGAUAAUGCUUUAGAGCCUUGGAAGACCGCAAAGAAACAUUUGCCUUUCACUGCAGAAGUUUAUGGCCUGUCUGGGAUAUAUGAGAGCCCCAAUACCCGAAGGAAAGAAUCUUUGUUCCACUCAAAAUCGUCUGUUUACUUGUUUGAAAGAAGCGUUCCUUCUGCAGCGCCCAGCCUGAGAAAGGAGACGAAUCCAUCCAAGAAAAUUUUAUCUGGGUUUCUCCCUCUGUUUUCAUGUAAAAGCCUGUCUGAAGCAGGAAGCAUGGAAGGUGAAACACCUUCCUCCAGUGAUUCCUCUCCCCUCUGUUCCCCUUACACUGCCAAGUCCUCAAACUUUAUCCCAACAAGAACUGGCUGUCUCAAGGAAACAGUAUCCUGUCCUUCACUGAUUGACACAAAAGGGAAGAGAGGGAGGAGGGAGAAGGUCGGUUUAAGUUUAAAAACUUUUCCCUGUACCCCCCCGAGCUUUGAAAAGAAGUCACACACCUUAUCCCCCCCUAUUCUCUAUCCACUGGAUGUUCUGCAGUGCCAGGAGAGACUCCAGCGUGAACACGUCCUUCCUUUGCAGGGCCGCGGCAAAGUCCGUCUCUCUGCUGAGCACACUGCGUUCUCCAACAGCCCUUCCUCGACCCUUUCCACAAUCAGGGUGCGUGUGGUGUCUGUGGAAGGACUGUGGGAUCACACUGAUCAUCUCAGCCUGAACUGUGCAGUAAAUUUGUGUCUGACACCGGGUAAGCAGCAGCAGCAGGAGAGCGCCACCAUCAGGAAUUGCCGCAACCCCGUGUUCAAUGAAGACUUCUUCUUCACAGAGCUGAGUCACGAGGAUCUGCUGGAACUGCACCUCCGGUUGAAAGUGUUGGAUAAACCUGCAGCCGGAACGCUGUGGAGAGGGACAGUGAUUGGUGUGGUUAACAAGCCACUUUCUCAGUUACUCCCUGUUAACAAAUGGGUGGAAGAGUAG